CCGGCGCUUGCAUAGCACGUAUCCGAAACGCACUGCUCACGGCUCCACAUCUCACAUGCCUUUGUCACGCGAUUUAAAAAAACAACUGUCAAUCGAUGCUCCCGCGCGUUCUUAAUUUUUAACGCGGGAAUUUCAAUUGUGAUGUGUCAUUUGUGACCGUGAAAAACAGUUUUGAUCUUAAAUUUUUGUUUCGAUGAAAAGUUUUUAAUUAUUUAUACUAUUCCGGAAAGUAAAGCUACGCUUAAUCCUGGAUUUUUUUAUUGGAGCUCUAUUAUGAGCUUCGAAGUGAUUUUGGCGGUUACAAAAUGCUAAGCAACUUCGGGCCCAAGGCCCAACAACUGUUGAAGACAUGGUGACUUGUGAUAACGAGGGCUCGUCUCACGGCGGGUUCGUCUUGGGGGGUCGCGAGGAUGACACUCGCCGGUCCCGCGCUCCGAGCGUCUCUUCGCUCUCUCUCUACAAACAGAAAAUCGACGCCCUCUUCGAUGACAACCGCUCGGUGACGAGCCUGCCCCGAUAUGGGGCCACCGCAGAUGCUGUCAGAAGAGAUAGCAAGGUAAGCUUGUUACACGACCAUCAGACGCUGAUAUAUGAAGAUGAUGAUGAUUACUGUCACCGGAUGAUGAAAAAGAUCGAUGGCUCCGUACAGGAUCGUAUUUCAAAGAUGUUUACCGACAUGCAAAACGAGCCCAGACCCGACAAUAUCGGCGUCCACGUGUUCAGUGUGCAUUAUCUGGGAUCAACACCUUUACAGAGCAAAGUCACCAGCCUUUCUGGACUUCAAACACCACUAAAAGAUUUAUAUUUCGCCUAUAGGAGAAACUUUCGUCACAAGACAACGUUGACAGGUAGAUUAGAAAUAUCCAAUAGUGGUUUGAAAGUAAGAUAUAAGGGUGACAAAGGGGAUUUGGAACAACUCAAUCCGUUUCCAACGAUAGCUGUGUGGUCCGCUGUAAAGUUUGUCGUACAACGCUCUGAUGAUGAUGACAACGAUUUGAGUUACGCUUUUAUGCCUCUAAUAACCGAUCCGGAUAACAUCGAUCGGCAUGCAUUAUUCAGAACAUUAGAUACACCAGACAAAAAGUACAUCCUCUCUCACAAUGAGAACUCGCAUUCGCCGCUUUUCGCUGUCGUGAUGAGGAAGAUCGGUGUCGCUAAACAACUGGAGUGUCAUGGGUUUGUUUGUCAAACGUCAGAAGACGCAAUCGUUAUAGCGGCUACCUUAUACAAAUCACUAAUGUCACAUAUGAAUCGACAAGGUAAUUCUGAUAAAAAUAAAUUCAAAAAUCGCAAUGGCAUCAGCUGCAUGAGUGUAACUAGCAGUAUCCAAGACCGCGAUACUCCUAUCCGGCCUCCGAGAAAGAAACGAAGUACCUCAUCUUUAAGUGGAGACAGCGACAGAGCUGAUGGAUUCUCAACGAAUGGAUCGUUCAGUGAUAAACGUAGAUUAGAAAGAAUGUCAUCAACUUCAUCAGAAAACGUAUUGAUAUAUCAUUCUCAACCAGUUUUAAACUAUGAACCGAAACGAAUCACUGUUGAGGAAGUUAAAGCUAAAUUAGAUACAAUUAAACCGGACGCUAGCGGUAGUAACACGCCCGAGCAAAAGAAACCUUUACAAGAAUUUAAUAGUACUAAUAUUUAUACUAAACAGAAGCCACGCAGCAGUACGGAAUCAACAGUACGAAGUCAAGUGUCUGAGAAGAUAGAAUUGUUCAGAGAAUUGGAGAGAAGGAAAAGUAUACAAAGACCACCGACUUUACCACCUCCUAUACCUUCGAAACCGCAGCUCCCGCCCCCGGAGCCACCGACCAAAGAAACAUUAAGAAGGACACAAAGCGGUAGAAAAUCAUUAAGUGAAUCUGGAGAUAUUUUGACUAAAGUGGCCAUACCUCGCUCUGGCAGUUUUUUAAAUGCCGGAGGAUUGACUCGCUACAAGUCUAUAGGACAUAGAAACAACGGCAAAAAAGGAGGCGGCUCACCAUUGGGAUUUAACGAACUGUUCAACGAAUUUAAAGUACAGGAAAAUUUGCAUUCUAUGGAUGAGAUACUAAAUGCCAUAAUAGAUCCUGAAGGGAUGUCCUUCAACGAUCUGAAACCGAUUUACAAAGAGUUUCUGUUAAAAUUAGCAGUAACAUUAACGAAAGACGAAAUAUUCCAACACAGCAAAGCGAUAAUGAAGAAACAAAAGAAGAAGAUUUUAAGACGCAACAAUACAUUCCAGAGUAAAAGAAGAAAGAUAUGUAAAGGAGCGAGUGGAUUGAAAAUGGUAUUUAGAUUACCAUUCAGUAAAGAUACUCGAAGGAAAGAAGUUAAGAAGCAAAUAAGUGCGAUAGAAUCAGAAAUAGGCACCAAAGAACCGGUUUCAGAGAGUUCAGUUUCUUCAUCCAGUUAUGAUAUAAGACAGUUCUGUCCGAAAGAAUCACCACCGAUGACACAACCGAAAAGACAAACGAUGAGACAAAGAAAGAGAUCUGACAAAGUUGUACACGUAUCGAAAAGGAAUGGGAAAGUAUCAAGGCCAGGGGAGAGGACAUCUACUUCUGAGGAUUCGGAUUUUUUGACCCUUAGCAAUCGUCUCGGUUGUCAAAAUAGGAACAGUUCAAGUGGCUAUGUGUCUUGUUCGGAAUGUGAAUCAGAAAGUUGCGUUGAUCGUUGUUAUUGCUCUUUGAAAGGUGAAUGCAAAACGAAAUGUUAUUGCUCAGAAAUCGAUCUCGCUAAAGAAUCAUCGAAACCCAGACUGACAAGCAAAAGCUGUAAAGAUUGCUCUAAAGAAGUAUACGAUGGUGAUUACAGUUACUGUUCAUGUGAUUCUGAAAGUUGUGAGGACAGUAACAAGUGUUACUGCACCAGCCCGCGAAGAAGCACUAUGCAAAGUUCCCAAAGCUUAGAAUACCUUCGUAGCCCCACACAAAGGAGUUACUCUGAUAGAAUGAAGAGAGCUUUUGAUGACUACGAUUAUAAAGUUACUAGAGCGAGGUCCAGUGCGGCGAGCAGCCGGCGGCGGGCGGAGCGCGCGCGGCGAGCCCGCAGCUCGGACAGCCUGGCGCUGGACUACGAGCUGCUGCUGCAGAACAAGCCGCGCGACGCACGACGCAACAUGCAGCGACUCACUGUUCGCAGCACGGGUGCCGGCUCUCACGACGCUCUCAGUGUAAAGAAGUCAGCAGAGAUGGCGGCUUUGUUUGCCGACGUCCGUCUCUCUCAGAGGACGGACGUGCGGUCGCUGUGCGGGGGGCGCAGCGCGCGGCCGCCCCCGCCCCCGCCCCCGCCGCUGGCGGCCGCGCCCCCGCGCAGCGCGCCGCACCUCGCGCGCAUGUUCCAGCACACGCCGCUCAGCAGGAACGCUAGUCUUGAAGAUACCUUGGGAUAUUUACCUUAAAUAGGUAAGAAUGAUCAACAUGUCGAGCAAUAUUUAAUUAAAAUUCCUCUUAUUUUGUUAUUAUUCUGUU